CACGAACGACCGGCGAGCCAGCGACCCUGCGCUCUCUGCUGCGCCUCUUGUCUUCGCUUCUCCCGAUCGUGGAUGCGCCUUUUGCUCCCGAUAUUACUUGGUCUACCCCCGUGACCUCUUCUGAGUUCCUGUCUGCGCUCUGCCAGCGCCAUGGUCGCGCCAGCUGUUCCCGAGAUCUAUGAGGAGGAGGACAACAUCUACGCCGCCGUCGAUGCACGCUCCGAGUCCCUCCAAAAUCUCCGGGAAUUAGGUCCGCCCGACUUGGUUUAUCUGGUCAAGCAACCAAAAACCAACGCCCACCAACAGACCGGAGUCUAUCACCAUGUCACCGGCGUCGAUGCCUCUUCCUCCGCCAGUUUAGCCGCCUAUGUAAAUACGCUCACCUUCUCCCCGCUGGACAAAACACACAAAGUGGUUUCGGGAAUCUAUUGCUGCUACAAUGCCUUCUCCCACCUGGACAUGCGUGUCGAGGUCAAAAUCCCCGGUACGCUGGAAAGCUACUGCAUCGAUGAACGCGGAGAUAAGCGAGUUGCGACAGAAGCCCUUUGGCUGGAGACUUUCCUGUGCGGUAUCCUGCGAGCCUAUUCGUACGCGGACAAUGGAGGCGGCGAUGCGAUCAGAAAGAUCGUUGGGGUGCGUCGGUUCAACCCGGUGACGAAUACCGAGAUGGAGCACAAGUUCCUGGAUGCUGCGGAGAGACUCUUCUUCUUGGGCAGACAGCUCAGCUCGGAUCCCGAAACACAAGUCCCGAAUACUGUCAGUAACCACCUUACGUCAGGCCUUCUGAAGUACAUCCAAACAACAGGACGUUACACCUCCGGUAUCAACCUUUUUGAGAAGCUUCGCACACGAGAUGUAGAGGUCUCGUCACUCCUCGCCAGGGUCCUCGUCAUGGCGGACGAGGAAGUCCAAGCGGUGCGAUUGAUGUUCGACGCCUUGCAAGAUGUUCCCAUGGACUAUGCCUUGCUUGACUGCCAGGCCGCCUUCUGUCAGAGCAAAGGCGAGGGAGAGAUGGCUUUGGAGUGCGCGAAGCGGGCCGUGACCGCUGCACCCAGCGAAUUCAGCACCUGGGCACGUCUGGCCGAGGUUUACGUCGGUCUCGAGCAAUGGGACCUGGCCUUACUAACCCUCAACUCUUGCCCCAUGUUCACGUACCAGGACAAGGACACACCGCGCAUGCCCCAGCCAUCCCGUAUCAUGCUUCCCAUCCUCGCUGAGAGUAUGCUGGACGAGAUCGACGAGGGACAGCCGAAGCAGGGCGAUCCCCAUGACUACGUCCACCCGUCUCUGCGGAGGCUCCACGCCGCUUCCUACCAGGGAACCUUCCUCAAGGCGUACAACCUCCUCACCAAGAUUGCGGCUGCAAUCGGUUGGGAUCAACUCCUGAAAAUCCGCAGUGAAGUGUUUGUCAUGGAAGAGGAAUACCGCGUCGAACGCCAGCAAUCCACUUCGAAACCUACACCCUCGUCCGCCAGCAUCUCGGACGGACCCAAUGGAAACAACGAGCAGGAGAAUGGUACGACCCCCGAGGGCGCCACAAACGGCACCGAGGAGGAACCAGAGCACUCCAUUGAGAAGCCAGAGCAAUCAAUGGCAUCGGAAGUCGUCAAGUCUGGCAACGAAGACCCCGACCCCUCACACUCAGCCUACACACAGUUCCGCAACAAGCGCCUGUGCGAGAGAUGGCUCGACAACCUAUUCAUGGUCCUCUACGAAGACCUCCGCAUAUACACCAUCUGGCGCACCGAAAUGGCCCAGUACCGGCAACAAGCCAUCGAGUAUAAGAAAUCCGCGACGGAGUGGGAAAUCCUCGGCGAGUUAGCUGAGCGCCUGCAUCACUUCGACGAGGGCAUCGAAGCCUAUCAGCACUGCCUGACCAUCCGCUUCUCCCCCAAAGCCAUGCGGGGUAUUCUCAAGUUGUACGAGAAGAAGAAUGACACGAGAGGAAUGCUAGGCGCCUUGAUCCGUCUUAUCGCUUGGCAGUAUCGCUGGUACUCCGAGUUCUCUCCCGACCUCCUCUUCCUGAUCCGCAAACUCAUCGAAGACGAAGGCGCCGUCAAGGUCCGCAGUAUCGUCCAGGCCACCAAUCUCCCCCAACCGGUCCUGGACCUCACCCACCAAUACUGCCAAUUGUGUGCUACAUUCCGCAGCAGCGGCAGUGACGGCUAGAUCCCUGAUUAGUGAUCCCAGACAAAGAAACCCUUCCUCUGCAACCUGACCUAUCUAGGUGGGAGGUCGUAAUUGAGUGAUUGGUUUUCUUUUCUUCUCUCCCAUAUUCCAGAUAGAGAUAGAGAUCAAAGAAAAGGGCUUGUGGGAGCGAGAAAAUGUAAAAGGUUGAUAGGAACGGGGCGAGGACCAGCUCACUUAUACUUUGACGCGUCUGCUACUCACCUAUUUCUUACUACUUCUUACAUGUUCCUUGGAUUUGUCCUACUUCUAUCUGUUUGAGUACGGGGUUCGUUUCUUACCUUAUUUUUAUCUUCCCUUUUUCUUUAUUUCCUUCAUGUGAUCUUAUUUUUAUCUUCUU